CAAACAAUCACUUAAAAGUUUUUGUACUUUAUAACUCCCACUAAAAUUCCACCAUAAGCAUUCGGCCUCAUUUUCCUUCCGGAGUUUCCACAAAAAACUUUAUAUUUCAAGGGCUUUCUUUCUUUCCGCCUCCUAAACUCCUCGCUUUCUUUCCGCCUUCAGAUACAUACUGACAGUCAGACAGUUCAACUCCUGAUUCCCGCCUAAAUUAGGGAUUGUCUUCAUCUCUCAGUUUCUCCUUAAUAUUUUCUAAAGCUUCAACAAUGGCAAUUUCACAUGACUCCAACUUAAACACGAAAUCCUUACAUGUCGAAGAAGAACUACAAGGAGAAAGUUUCGAUACGAGUGAUUAUUUCUUCUGCAGCGUUGGUGAAAAAAUUUCCGUGGUUUCCGAAGAUUCGAGUUACGACAUUAAUGAUCUUCCUUCGAAACCUUUGGUCAUUGCUCAACGUUUUGGUUUAGUUUUUGUAGCUCAUUCUUCCGGAUUUUGUGUUGCGAAAAUCAAGGAUGUUGUGGAUGCUGCUAAAGAGAUUAAGGAUAAAGGAAGUGGUUGUUCUAUUCAGAAAUUGAGUGUUGUUAAUGUUAAUAUUGGUAGGGUUUCUAUUUUGGCUCUUUCCGUUGAUUCUUUGCUGAUUUCUUCCGUUGGCGGAGGAGAAAUUCAGUGUUUUUCCGUUGAUUCGCUCCUCAAACAGGAUACAAAACCCUUAUUCUCUUGUUCAGUUGAAUCAAAUAAUGUGAAGGACAUGCUUUGGAUCAAAGAGACCGAGCCUUCCUUUGUUGUUCUCACAAAAAGCGGGAAACUACUACUUGGAGACAUAAACAAUUCUCUUAAGCAAGUGAUGGAUGAUAUUGAUGCUGUUGGAAGGAGUAUGGACGGAAGUCAUGUUGCUGUAGCAAGAAAAAAUAAUCUUAGUAUUUUUUCUCCAAAAUUCAAAGAGAUUUUGCAAAUUUUGCUUCCGAUAGAUAAAUGGACUGGUGAUAGCGAUUCAAUUAAAGUUGACAGCAUCAAGUGGGUUCGCUCAGAUAGUAUUGUCGUAGGAUGCUUUCAGAAAACCGAGGAUGGCAGGGAGGAGAAUUACUUCAUACAAGUAAUCACAAGUAAAGAUGGCCAAAUCAUAGAUGAUUCUCCAAAACUCGCUUCAGUGGAUUUUGAUGAUCUUUUUCCUGGAAUUGUUGAUGAUGUUAUGCCAUGUGGCUGUGGGCCGUAUCUACUUGUGAACUAUUUGGAAAACUGUGAGUUGGCUUUUGUUUCUAAUAGAAAAAGUACUGAUGACCAUAUUAUGUUGUUUAAUUGGCCGGAAGGGCACAACCAAGUAUCUAUAGUUGAGAUUGUCAGAGAUACUUGGCUUCCGAGAAUUCUACUUCAAGAAAAUGGGGACGAAAAUAUGGUGCUUGGGCUUUGUGCUGAUGAAUUGACUGUUUAUGAAAAAGUGAAAGUCAAGAUUGGACUUGAGGAGGAGACAGAACUUCCACCUUGUUGCCUUCUUUUGUGUUUGACUCUUGAGGGGAAACUAGUUAUGUUCUACGUUGCUAGCACUGCUGUAUCUCAACGCUCUAGUCAGGCUUUAUCUUCUGCUGCUUCUAAUGCACAAAGUAUAUCUGUGGUUGGACCUUCAAAUCUUGAACAAAGUCCUUUGAAACUGGAAGAGGAAAUAACCAAACGUUCUACUUCAGAUUUGAAAUCUCAUGCUCUGGAUCCAAAGGAAAUCAGCUCUGCACUUGAUGAAGUUCCAGUUAAAAAAGAUCAAAAACCUUCGGAGCAGAACAAAUACACCCUUGGUGCUCCAACUUUUGAUCACAACAUCGGGAAGGAACUACUUGCUGCAAAAAAUGAUCUGAAGGCUAUGGUAGAUGCCAAUAACUCCAAGCCUUUUGAACAGGCAGAACUGUCUCGAAAGGAAACAUCAAAUUUGUCUUCAUUCAAGAUUUUGCAGGAUAGCUCUAGUUCUUUUGCAACUGGAAAAGGGAAGAUUGAAAAUGUUCCAUCUCUCUCUAAUAAUUGUCCUGAGAAAAACCCGACUAGUAUUGGCAGGGGCAUAGAAGAAAAGGUGGGAUCUGAUGUCUUCAAAUGUACUCCAAGUCACACAACUUCAGGCAGUUCUUUAGGAAGUUCAGCUCUAUAUAACGAGAAAUCUAUAUUUUCCUCGCCAGUUAUUGGCCGAAGUACUUUACCUGGGAGUCCUCAUACAUUUACAGACAAAGCAAAUAGUACUGGAGGCUUUUUUGGAAAUUUUUAUUCUGGUAAAACAGCUGAAAAAGCCGCGAAUUACAGUCAACAACCAAUAAGUGGUGUUUCCUCAGGAACACAUCCAAUAUUGGGGAAUGAUAAGAAAUCUUCUCCUUUUCGGCAAAUCAACUUUGAGCAGAAUAUACCCAAACAAUUCUCCAAUGUAGAAAACAUGACCAAGGAGUUGGACAAACUUCUGGAUUCUAUAGAAGAAAUAGGAGGUUUCAGGGAUGCUUGUACAACGGCUCACAAAAGCUCACUAGAAGCCUUAGAGGUUUGCAUGGAUAGAUUAUCAGAGAGAAACAGAAUUUGGCAGAGUUUUAUGGAGGAACAAAGUAAAGAGAUUCAACAACUUCUUGAUCAGACUGUACAAGUUUUAGCGAGGAAAACACACAUGGAAGGCAUUGUUAGGCAAGCUUCUGAUGGCCAAUAUUGGGACUUGUGGAAUCGUCAAAAAUUAAAUUUGGAACUUGAUCAGAAGCAACGCAACAUAAUAAAUAGGAAUCAGGAUCUGAUCAACCAGAUGAUCGAACUCGAAAAGCACUUUAACACCCUUGAGAUGAAUAUAUUUGGUGAAAGAAGCAGAGUAAAUUUGGUUUCUCGGGCUCUCAGUGCUAAAUCUGUACCAUCAAGGCACCAGUCCUUGCAUGCUAUCCAUAAUGCAACAAUUUCACAGCUAGCUGCAGCAAAGCAACUUUCUGACUCUCUGUCUAAACAAAUGGCAGUACUGAGCAUUAAAUCUCCGACAACAAAAGCUAAUGUCAAAAAAAAAGUAUUCGACUCGAUUGGUUUACCUUAUCCUGAUGACUCUCCUCAUUCCCCGAAAACUUUACAAAAAUUGGGUUCACCACCAAAUAGGCUUCAAUUGGGUUCAUGCUCAGGUGAAACUCGUAGUGGUUCCAGAAGGAUCCAAUUAAGUGGUGUGAGCAGUCAAGAUCUUGAAACUGCAAGGAGAAGGAGAGAUUCACUAGAUAGGACUUGGGCAAACUUUGAGGCUCUCAAAACAACAGUCAAAAGGAUGGUGGUGCAGAAUGAACGCCAGAAGGUCGGCAAUUUGUUUGGUUCAGUGGAUAAGCAGUUUAUUGGCCCUCAAAAACUGGAAGAGUCAUCUCCUAUAUAUUCCAAGGAUUUUGCGGUCCAGACUAGGAACGGAUGCAAUGACAUGCCACAAAAAGUCAACUCUGAUACUGCUGCAGCAACAAAAUUCAAGUGGACAGGAGGAACCCCUGAAUUGUCUCAGGCUACUGAGCAGCCUCCUAGAUGGAAGCUUUUUCAAGAAAAUAGUUUUUCAGCUGCUCUGAACUCAUCAUCAUCAUCAUCAUCUUCAUCAUCGUCAUUAUCGUAUUCAUCAUCAUCAUCAUCUUCGGUGUUUGCUGAUCCAAAUAUGAAGAAAGAAAACAACUUCUCAACUGCUGAAAGACAAGGGACGCAGAUAGGAAUUAGGUCUGGUUACUCUGGUACUGCCUCAGUGGACACAAAAUCUUCUGCGUUACAGUUUGGUGAAGGAAAGCCGCAACAAUUUUUCUUUUCAAUGAAAGAUGGCCAGGCACAACCUUCUAGUAGUAAGGAUGCCAAAUUAACAAUGUCUUUUGGUGGGCAAAAAAAUUCUGAUUUUUCGACUAGUAAGCAGAAUGCUGAAUCUUCACCUUCUACGGUAUUCCCACAAAUUAGCUCUACCUCAUCACCUAAUCUGAACAUGCAAACAUUACCAGUCACUUCCGGAACAGGAUUUAUGACCAGUACAAAGUUGUCCACUAAUGUUACUAAGGAUGUUUUACAAUUUCCCCCCUCCAGCUUUUCCGUGUCUUCUUCAUUUGCAGCUCCUUUGAGCGCUGUAGCCUCCGGGGAUUCAAAGGAUGUAUUAGAAUGCCCUACAUCAGCUAAAUCUGUUUCGAUGUCACAAAUGACACCUGUGAUUUCUCUAUCUUCCAAGGAUGAUAUGACAGUAAAAUCUGAUUCUACUGGAUCUUCCAUAAAUCCAUUCAAAGAAGUCUCGAAGACAGAGCUUCAAGCCAGUGCUACAAAAUUAAGUGUGGGGAACAAUCAAGCAAUCACUCCGGAGUCUCCUAAGAAGUUGGCUCCUCGUUUCAAUACUGACUUGAAUUCACAGUUGAAAUCAUCUUCAAUUGAAAUCUCAAAAGCACUUGCCUCAAGCUCUGAUAUGAUGAACACUGUCACACCUGCAUCUGUUUCUGUGUCAAAUGCUCCAGAAAAGCCAUCUGCGGCAUUCAUAUCGUCCCCUGUAUCUCCUUCUGAACUUGAAGGUGCCAUUAGUGGAAAGGGGAAUGGUGAUGCUACAGUAGCUGACCAAGAUGAAAUGGAGGAAGAAGCACCUGAGACAAACCAAACAACCGAUCUUUCUCUUGGAAGCCUUUCUGGAUUUGGACUUGGAUCAGCUCCCGGUAAUACUGCUCCAAGAUCUAAUCCUUUUGGCGGUCCAAUUACUAGUGCACCACAAACGAUGCCAAGUUCUAUAUCUCUAACUGUUCCUUCUGGAGAGUUUUUCCGUCCUGCAUCUUUUAGUUUUCAAUCUCUGCAGGCUUCCCAACCUUCUCAAUCUGCAAAUAUUGGAUCUCUUUCUGGUGCAUUUGGUUUUUCAAAUGCUCAACAGAUCUCAGGAGGAGGUGGGUUUGGCCAGCCAUCACAGAUUGGUGGCUCAGGACAACAGGCUUUGGGUUCAGUUCUUGGUUCGUUUGGACAAUCAAGGCAAAUUGGUACUGUCUUACCAGGUAGCGGUUUUGGGGUUCCUCAAUCUCUUGGUGGAGGAUUUUCAGGCAUUUCUUCUUCAGGCGGAAGCUUUGCUGGUGGUUUUGCAACUGCAGCUUCUAGUGGAGGCGGGUUUGCCUCUGCAGCUCCUAUUGGAGGGGGGUUUGCUGCUGCUGCCUCAAGUGGUGGCGGGUUUGCUUCUGCUGCCACAAUUGGAGGCGGGUUCGGUUCUGUUGCCCCAAGUGUUGGCGGGUUCCCUUCUGCUGCCCCUAGUGGAGGCAGUUUUGCUGCUGCUGCUGGUGGUGCUGGUGGUUUCAGCACCUUUAGUAAACCAGGGGCUACUGGGUUUUCUGCUUUUGGUGGGGCUGCGGGAGGAAGACCAGCACCACCAGAGCUAUUUACACAAAUGAGAAAAUAGGCCCAUUCUGCACAGAUAUCGUUUGUAAAACGGUGUUGGCAAAUCUAGGUAUUUAUCUUAUCUCAUUAACUAUUAUGAAACAAUGUAACUUUAGUAGCCUUUUUUUGAAACAUAAACAAAUGCAGGAUCAAGUGAACUGCCUAUUUUAUUCUGUGAUAAAAUAAGUACAGCCCUUUUGUAGCAAUUAGCUUCGACACAAAGCUCCCUUAACCUGCCUAUUCCCAGAAAUUUAAAUUCUAUAGCUCUUUCAAUUUCGACAAUUGAAUGGUAUUUGUAAUUUAUAUUCUGUUCAUUUAGAUAUGCAAUGGCCAUAAUAGUCAAACCAUCUAAUUA